AUGGACAGAGAAAUCAUAACAAGACCCCAAAGGAGAACAGCUCUAGUUGCCAAAGAACUAGCACGCUACAACAUCGACAUCGCAGCUUUGAGCGAGACACGCCUCGCCGAUGAAGGUUCUCUUACAGAACAGACCAGCGGUUACACUUUCUUUUGGAAAGGGAAGGCCGCACACGAAGACAGGAUCCACGGGGUUGGACUGGCUAUUAGGACAAGUCUACUGAAAGAACUUCCAGACUUACCUACAGGUGUCAACGAAAGGCUGAUGAAGUUACGUCUACCUCUCUGUUACAAGCGCUAUGCAACAAUCAUCAGCGCAUAUGCUCCCACCCUCACGAGCCCAGAGGAGACAAUCGAGCAGUUUUAUGCCGACCUCAGUUCCAUCCUGAACUCUGUUCCCGCCGGUGAUAAGAUCAUCCUGCUCGGAGACUUAAACGCCCGACAAGAGUACGAUCUGGUCAUCACCAACACUGUGUUCAGAAUGGCAGACAAGUUCAAGACGACCUGGAUGCACCCAAGAUCAAAACAGUGGCAUCUCAUAGACUUUGUCAUCGUCCGCCAGCGUGACAUCCAGGAUGUCCACGUCACCAGAGCCAUGCGAGAAGCGGAAUGCUGGACAGAUCACCGCCUAGUCCGCUGCACCCUGAAACUUCACAUUGCGCCACGUCACCCAAAGCAACAGCCUUCCUACCUACAGAAGUUCCAGAACAGCCUAAAUGAGAAGCUGACUGCAAACGGGCCUUUGUCUGGAGAUCCAAAGGAAAAGUGGAACCAGUUCAGAGAUGUAGUCACCGAGACAGCAAAGACAGCUCUUGGCCCAAAGACGCGGAAACACCAGGAUUGGUUCGACUAG